AUGUACAUCGUCGACGGACUCUCAGAAGACUCGUGCUGGGAGCUACAGAAAGCUCUGCAACAAUGUACUCAGAAACCCGGGAGUUUGUCAGACAGCUUGGUCUUAGCUGAGGCGCUGAUCAUCAGCUUACGUAGCUUCAAUCCGACGAAAAUACGAAUUGAGAGCCACCGCUCAAACGUACCGAAGCCAAACAUCGGGCAAGAGAUUACUGCUUCUAAACUCUUUCAGCUACCUCGAGUUCUCCAAAUGAUGCUGGAGUGCCUGCAGCAGUCCAAAUGCCAGGCACGGCAGUACGAUGCAGCGAUCGAGAGCAAGCGAGAGCUGCAGCGCCAACUGGACGACGUUAUGUUGCUCGCGCGCCUCAAUCACCGCGAGAUUAUCAAGGCGGAGGAGGCUCUACAGGCGGAGGUGCAGACGACGCUGCAGCUGAGGCGGGACAGCGAGGCCCUCACAGCGCGCCUCCUGCAGGCAAAGGUGGAGGCGGCAGGCUGCCGCAAGCGCCUGCUCAGAUACGAGGGACCGGACAGGCUUGCGGACCCGGAACUGCUGGCUAUAGCCUACCAGAAGUGCAAGGAGCAGCUGUCGCGCAAGGAGCAGCAGGUGCUGCAGCUGACGGUGGCGCACAGGGACGCAGUGCCGCGCGCGCAGUACCAGCGCAGUCAGCGCAAGCUCGCGGACGUCGCCGCCGCGCACGCUGCGCUUACGCACGCGCACGCCGCCCUCCUCAGGGAGCACCGCGCGCUGUCUGCGCAGCAGCAGAAGGCGCUGGUGGAGCGCGACCGUCUGGCCACUGAGAACAGCAGCCUGCGUCGCAGCGCCACGCCGCGCCCUGCCUGGGACAGGGUGAGCGAGCACCUGGAGGGGGGCGUGGCGACGUGGCGGGAGGUGAGCCAGGACUGCCACACCAGCGAGGACUUCCUGACGGCGCUGCUGACGCACCUCACCGCCGUCAGCGUCACGCACGCCCAUGAGUUCCUCACCGCUAAGGGAGUUUCGGAAGAGGUGCCCGAGUAUCUGCGCUACGAAGGUGUCGUACGCAACAGGCGCCUCACGCUGCGCGACGUGCAGCGCGUCAUCACGCACGUCUGGCAGGAGAAGAGAAGUGCCCCAGGCACCAGGGCCAUGCCUAUGGACAAGUACCUCGCCAUGUAUUUCGAACACAGGUACCAUCUACCUGAGAUGAGAGCUGAAUGGUGCUACUCCUUAGCAGACGCCUGCCAGCGACUAGCACACGACGACCAGGUUGGCCUCUUCUGGGGCAUCGCCACCGGGCAGGUGGAGGAGGCCGUCUACCACCACCAGGCAGACACCGCAGAGGCCCUCCUGGCCACCUUCAGAAACAAUGAUAUUCUUAACAAGGGCCUGGUCUCGCACACGACGGUGCUGGUGGUGCUGCGGACGGUGUUCCCACUCAAGGACGAGGAGAGCUUGGACGACCUCCUGUCGUCUGCUAAGGCUAUUGCAACAUCCAGGAAGGAUGCCACAAAAAUCAAAUAUGCAACACUAUUUAAACAGUCAGCGGACGGCUCCGUAAGUCCGUUCCUGCAAGAAGUUUACCAGCAGGCGCGGGACGAGCAGGAGCAAUACGUGCAGGAUGUGCUGCAGGAGUUGGGGCAACAUGGUAUACAUGACGUCAAACUGCAAGACCUGCAGCGAGCCUUCACAGUGGUUGACCCUGCUAUAGAGCAGCAGCAGCUGCAGCAAUACCUGCAGUGGGUCUACAGGGGGGACUCUGCAGUGCGCCUCCCGCUGCAGCUGCUAGCAGCGCGGCUACAGACGGGCCACAUAGUGCGGGUUGGGCCAAGGCCCACAUAA